CGAUUCGAAGAUAAGACAGAGUGUUUCGUUCGUUUUAAUUUUCCACAUGAACUCGGUAGAGUUCAGGACCAACAAGAUAAUUUAAUUAAUAAAUCAAUUAUCGGGCUCGCAAUAAUACUUUUCCAUCACAUCCAUCAUCAUCUGAAUAGACAGUUUUUGAAAGAAGAUGAAUCCGUUCCUCACGUGCCCGAAGAAGCAAAUCCAAUAUUUUUAAUCUAUUUCUUGUGCAUGCUCGCAAGCCUAAUAUUCGCAAAUAUUUGGAUUUUCACGGACUUCUUUAUGAAAGAUCCGAGAAUUGUUCUUAUUGGAUGUUUCGUGGCUGCUAGUCUAAUGUUAACACUUGGAAUAAUCGAAAUGAAGCACGUAGAUUGGUAUCUCGACAUAACUUUAGUCACUGACGAAGAAUUGCUAGAACACCCAAUUUUUAUUCAUAAUUUUGUCAUGUGUUUGAUGUCCAUCUUCUGUAUGAGCAUGUACCUCAUACAAGGUUGGAUUUUGUUAGAUUAUUGUCUUUGGAUAAAAAAGCAAAGAAAAAUUGACGAUUCUGAAGUUACUGAUUCUGAAACGAGAACUGAUGAUACGAUGGAAGAUCAAGACAGAGAAGAUAGAAGACCCAAAACAAAAGAACAAGAAGUACCUGGAGAAUUGGAUCCAAUUCCUACAUUAGACACAUUUCCUUCUUUAAAAGUGUCGGCGACAUUAGAUAUAGACAAAGAGGAUAUUAUAUUUUAUUGCUGCUUUGUUGAUUGGUAUAAUUACCUUAAACAGAAGAGACAAAUACAGCAGCCUACACAUGAAUUUCAAGUAAUUCAUGUUAUGUAACUUAUAUUUGUUAAAACAAAUUACAAUUGUACAGCGUGUAUAAAAAAUAAUUUAAAUAAAAAAUUAAUUGAA